CUAAGCUCAGUCACGCAACCUUCCCAUCAGAAGUGUUGUGGAUCCAUGGACCGGGCAAUGGCUUACGGUUGGCCGCCGUUGGAUUCCCAGCUUCAUACUUCUAUUUAACAUGUCUUCAAUGCCCCUGAAUCUCUCUGUAAUGGCCUUGAAUCGUUUAGGGAAUUUCAAUGAGCAAUCAUGAUUCAUCCCAUCAUAGUUCACUCCAUUGCAUAGAGAUGUAAGUAGCCACGUACCGGCCUCGAUUUCGUUGGUCAUCCUUCACAUGAUGUGGCCCCGAUCGUUAGCCAACUUGACCGGCUCUCUGUGGUUAAAGCGUGGGCACCUCAUCGCAUCCCAGAUCGUUGACACCGCCUGUACCCGCGCUUUUAGUUCGACUACUACGCUUCCACUAGCCGCUAAUCUGCGCCUGCCAUUGACGGAGGCGGGUUCGCCCCUGCGUUAUCGUCCUCGGUUGGCUCCACCGGCUAAGAAACGCCCGCCCAAGGGCCUGGACCCGACUCAGGAUAAUUUGGCCGCCGUGGUGGGUUAUUCUACGGCCGGCUCUUACGAUCUCCUCACGUUAGCCGACCGACUCGAGCGCCAAGGCGUGUAUGAAACCCAUUAUCUCGUGGAUGAACUCACGGCCGUGUGCUUGUACGCUACGGCCAAGUACAAGGUCGACCCGCAGGUCCGUCCGCAAGAGUUUUUUUUCUACGAACACGGCUCCGUGGUGUUCUGGAACACGCCCGAGUUGGAGCGGGAAUCCGUAAUCCAGUUCCUCCGCCGCGUUUCCAUGGAUCCGUUGGAGAGUGCGGUCAUUUUUGAAGAAUCUGAGAUGAUGCAAUACGCUUUAACGGCGGAACCUACUCGUUUGCAGCGGGACUUGAUCCACCUGAACGAGCGGGAUUCCGUCUAUGACAAGUACGCCUUUUCCGAUGCCAUUGCCGCCAGUGUGAAACUGGGCACGCUCGAAUCGGCCUUAGAUCGCAUUAUCGACUCCAUCGAACACGUGUCCGUGGAUUUAAAACGUGGGCAGAAAAUUAGCAUGAGUCGCCGUGAGGUGCUGCAGAAAACGGGUGAAAUAUUUGCGCUCAAACACGCCGUGAAUUUGGCCGGUGACCUCUUGGAUACACCCGAUUUUUAUUGGGAUCGAGAGAACUUAGAGACCCUGUAUCACGCUACGUGCGCCCAUUUGGCUUUGAGCAAAAGGACGCGGAUUGUGAACGAAAAGCUGACCCACUGCUAUGAGCUCAUGGAUUUGAUCACCAACCAUCUCAAUGACGCACACCACACGCGCCUGGAAUGGUUCAUUAUUAUUCUUAUCAUGAUUGAGGUGGGCUUUGAGCUUUUGCAUUUCGUGGAGCGGUUCAUAUAAAAUGAACUAUAGACCGUUGUACUUCUAAGUCAUCCAACCAAGUUAUCAAUGACGAAUUUCAAAAUCCCACUUGUUGUUUCCAACUGGUCGCUUCGUUUCAUUUUUUAAAUGCUGGGCUAAUUUGAUUCGAAAGCACAAUUGAAUCACUAGAAAAUCCAUACUUAUGGUUUUGUUCAUUUUCACUCGGUACAAUGUUUGUUUGUUAGUUCUUUUCACGGGCUUUUCUUACUGCUACAGGGAAUGCAAUCCCCCCAGUGCCCCAGGAAAAUAAAAGGUUAUAUUUCGUCUA